AUGGCUGGUAUGGAGAAGAAAUACGAUGAUGCAAUCAAUCAUAUCCUCAGUAAUCUUAACAAUGAGCAGUUGGAAGCAGUGACUGACCCCCUUGAUGGUCCCUUGCAAAUCAUCGCUGGUCCUGGCACCGGCAAGACCAAAGUCUUAACAUCGACGGUUGCUUAUUUACUCAUCAAGCACAAGGUACGCCCCGAAACCAUUCUCGUCACCACUUUCACCAAGAAGGCAGCCGCAGAAAUGGUGGAACGGUUGACUUCAAUUAUUGAGGCGGCUCAUCUACAAGACGAAAUCAACAUUUCAAAAUUGAUGAUUGGGACGUUCCACAGCCUUUGCGUGAGAAUUCUCAAGCGACAUGGCUCGUUAAUUGGUUUGCACAAAUUUCAAAUCGCUGAUACCAGAGAUAGUGCCGGUAUUUUGAAAGAAAUUGUCCAGGGAUCUAAAGACCUUGACAAUCGCUUCAACAAGAGGAAUCUCAAAAUAAUAAGCUCAAAGAUCUCGUCGAUGAAAUCACAAGGAAUUAGAGCUCAUCAGUACCACAAAUCAACUAAGAAACCGGACAGAGAGUUUGAGAAAAUAUAUAAAGAUUAUGAGAUGCAAUUGGCGGAAAAGGGGCUUGUUGAUUUCGAUGAUUUGCUCGUCUAUACCAACGAAUUGUUGACCAAAUACCCCUGCAUUUUGAACUUCUUGAAACAUGUCUUGGUAGAUGAAUUUCAAGAUACAAACAAUAUCCAGUUACAAUUGUUAUACAAGAUGGCAAAAAACACUGGUAAUAACAGCCUCUCAGUGGUUGGUGACCCUGACCAAAGUAUUUACGGGUUCAGAGAUGCAGUAUCAGGGAAUUUUGAUAUUAUGAAAAGCAAUUAUCAAGAAAAGGUAACCACGAUUUAUUUGAACGAAAAUUAUCGUUCCACCAAAGGUAUUUUGAAGAUCAGUGAGGAAAUCAUGUCUCAGGAUAAACAACGAACCGUUUCAAAGCAAUUACGUUCACAAUUCUCAAUGAAUUUUAAACCUGCUUAUAAGCAUUUCAAUUCACAAAAGGCGGAAUUGGACUUCAUUGUUGAAGACAUUUCUCGAGUUUGCUCGAUCCCUAAUCGCUUGUUCAAGUAUUCUGAUGUGGUGAUUCUAGUUCGUUAUUCAUUCCAAACAAGAAAUUUGGAAAAACGAUUGAUCGCCGGUAAAGUCCCUUAUAAAAUUCAUAAAGGUACUUCUUUCUGGGAUAAGAAAGAAGUCAUGACAAUUAUUGAUUUACUUAGAUUAGUCAACUCUAAAAACGAUGUUAUGGCAGCAAUCAGAAGCUUACAAGGGUUUCCGGGAAGCCCAGGAAAAGUUUCUCUCGAGAAGAUCCUGGCCCAUUUAUCUAAUGGCGCAAAAGAUGGACUUUCUUGCUUAGAAGUAUUGCAAAAAAUUGCUAAUGAUGAAAUAAAAAUUGAUAGGUUUCCGAAAAAGGGCAAAGAGUAUCUUGCACAAUUUUGCGAUCUCAUCAACAUGUCGUCAAAUAUUAUGGAAAGUGAUGAUAAGGAAGAUAGUUUUGAAGAGGGGAGGCGAAAAGCGAAAUUUGUACGAGGGAAAAGCACAUUGUUGAAAGUUUUUGAUUUUCUCAUUGAAAGUUCAGGGUUAGAGAAGAUAUAUAAGGAAGCUCAAAGUAAAGAAGACUUUGUUGAUAAUAAUAAUAAUAGUGAUGAUGAUGAUGAUGAUGAUGAUGAUGAUGAUGAUGAUGAUAAUGAUAAUGAUAAUGAUGAUGAUGAUAAUAAAGUAGCAGGAAAAGAAAAAGAAAAAUAUUCUGAUGCGUGGCUAAAUAUCUUGGAAGUCAAAAAAGAAAUUGAAGAGUUUGAUAUUGCUCAAGAUGAAACAAUUCCUGAUUUCUUGGGGUCGGAGGAAACUAAAUCAUAUCCUAAAUUGGAUAUUACCACGGAGCCGUUGAACGAUAAUUACAAUUAUUUGGGCAAAUUUUUAGAAUCAAUCAACUUGUUUAUGACGACAUCCAAAGAUGAGCCUGAGGAUGAAAGUUCUAACGGUCGAAUACUCAUUAGCACCAUUCAUUCGGCAAAAGGGUUGGAAUGGCCUGUUGUGUAUAUUCCAUCGGUGGUGGAAACUAUUAUGCCGGGCUCGCAUGCAAUCCGGUCUCAAUUUAAUCGUGAUUUAAUCUAUAAUCCCAUUGAUGAAGAACGUAGAAUAUUUUAUGUUGCUGCUACACGGGCGAAAUUGUUAUUGGUGAUCACCAGUUAUGAACAAAAUGGUAGAUCAUCAUUUGGAGCCUUUCAACAGGAAGAUAUUGUUGCAUCAAGAUUUUUAUCCACGAAAUUAUUAAAGAAAGUUGGCGCUGGGACUCAAGAAGCACUAUCAACGAUUCAUGCAUUGAAGAACAUGUAUAAGAUCCGAGACAUGAGUUUCCCGGAAGAACAGCAUGAUAAGUUGUUACAAUUUGUCAAAGAAUAUGACGAAUAUUGGAAGAACCCAAAUACGAACCUUGGUAUUGCUGCUAAUGGUAAACCAAAAAAUAUGACUGGGGCAGGAAUAGCGGGUAUCAAGCGGUACGGACAGGAAAGAACUCGUCCGAGUAUGCUCCAUGGUCGGUUCCACAGUGGUGGGGAACCAUUUGAUAUGCAAAAAGGUAUAACAACUGCGAAGUCUAUGCUAGAGAGGAUAACGAAAAAGAAUAUUAAUAAUUCUAAGCUUGUUGCUAGCAACCAUGGGGGGAAAAGCAAUAAUGCGUCAUUUGGGCUCGGCUUUGUUAGUGCGAAAGAUAUGUUGAGCUCGCAUCAAGAAAGUGGUAAUAAAUUCAAGAAAAGAUCGAGCAAUGGCGAUGCCAAUACGACAAGAAGUUACAAGAAACCAUCAAGGUAG